AUGAAUUUAAAUACAUCAAAUAAAUGUUUAGAUAUAUCACAAUCACCAUUUGAUCAAGAUGAUAAGGAAGUAGCUGAAAGUCUCUCACAUACAACAAAUUAUUCACUUCAAUUUGAAGCAUUACCAAAUGAUGAAGAUGAUAAUGAAAAUGGUGAUAUAGUCUUUAUGCCAAUUAAAUCAAAUGAUGAUGAUGAAGCAAUUAAUGAUAAUCAAGAUCCACUUGUAUCACCAUCGAAAUAUCGUGAUGAUUCACUUUGGUCAAAAUCAUGUCAUUCUGGUGGUGAAAGUCCAAUGAAAGGAUUAAAAACAUCAAGUCAUCAAGUCAUGGAUGAUUUUAGUGAUCCAGGAGAAACAAGUGAUAGAGAUGAUGAUUCAACGGCUGAUGAAGAAGAUUUAUUACAUUCACGUGUAAAACGUCGUAGUGGACGAUCACCAAAUACUUCUCAAAUACCAUUAAAUGUUGAUACAUUGCAUGCUAUCCGUGAAUUAACUCAUCAAUUAAAUCAACACCGUUCACAUGUAACGUCUGAACCUAUUUCACAAACAACAUAUCAAUCUGAAUAUGAUGAAAAACUUGAACGAUGUUGUCAACGUCUUGAACAAUUAACAAACAAAGUUGAUAGAUUAAUUAAUCUCGAACAAACUGUGGUUGCUUCUCGACCAAGUCGACCAAGUCCUAAUACAGCACCUAUUGAUAUAAUAGCAACAAAUGAACCUGAAUUAACUUUGACAGAUGCACAUUAUGAUCGAUUAGAAGCUAUACUUAUCGAAAAAAUUCAAACAUAUGUACAAGCAGCAAUGAAAUCAGUGUUUGAACCAUAUCGAGAUUUAAAAGAUAAUUUACAUAAAGAUUUAGCUGCAAAAUUAUUAGCUACUGAUACAGUUAUUAAACAAACAAUAACACAAAUAUUUCGCUCAAAGACUAUGAUUGAUUCAUUAAGUAAUGCCGUAGCAAAUGCAAUUCAAACAACAAUGGUCACAUCUUAUCGUGAUACAUUUAAUCAAAUUGUUAUACCAUCAUUUGAAAAAGCUGCAACAAAUAUGUUUCAACAAACCAAUGAUGUAUUUAAACGUGGUACAAAAGAAUAUUUACAAGAAAUGAUCGAAUAUGGUCGUCAACAACAACGUUCAUUAAUUCAACAACGUGAACAAAUGAUGAAUGAAAUACGUAAAGAUUCAACACAAUUAUUAAAAGAAUUGGAAAAGAAAAAUCAAGAAUUAAUAAAUACACUUAAAAAUGAAAUUAUUCAAUAUAUGACAACAACUCUUACACCUUUAAUUCGUGAGACGAUUCAAUCAAUAGUUCGUGAAGAAGUCACAAAUGUUUUACGUGAAUUAUUAGUUACCCAAAAAAAUGAAAUAAAUACUUUAAUUAUUCAACAUCUUCGACAACAACAACAACAACAACAACAAAGAACAAUUACACCAAAACCACAAUCGACAGCGAGUCAAACAACAACCCCAAUACCUACUGUUGCAUCAUCCAAUCAAACAAAAAUAACUUCAACAAUUGAUAUUAAACAGCAAACAGCAUCAAAAUUUGUUCAUUCUGGUCAAUUAAAUCAAGCAUUUGAAUAUGUUUUAUCAGCAUCUGAUUUAAAUCUUGUUUUAUAUCUAUGUGAAAAUAUCCGUCCAGCUGAAUUAUUUUCAAUGCAACCAUGUCCAUUACAAAUUCCAGUUAUUCUUUCUUUAAUUCAACAACUUGCAGCUGAUUUAAAUACACAUCAAGAAUUAAAAUAUAGUUAUUUAUAUGAAGCAUUGAUCUGUCUUGAUUUAUCACAUCCAAGUGUACGAGAUUAUUUAUAUAAUGUAUUAACUGAUCUUAAUAAAAAAUUAUAUGCAUAUAUUCAAACAAAUCCCACAGGAACAAUGACGAAACGUUUUCAAUUAUUAUAUUUGGCAAGUCAAGGUUUAGUACAGAAAAUACUUCAGCAACGAGCAACACCGAUAAAUCAAAUAUUAUCAUCAUCAAAAUAA